UCCUUCCUGGACAACAGAACUCACCACCUUGCCAUUGUUCACAUCAACACCAUCAUACAAGCAGCACAUUUAAUUCCUAUUUUUGGUCAGGAGCAUGCUCCACUGCCCAUUAGCUUCAAUAACUCAUUGAACGUUUACUGCAGAUUCUACAUUAAUCAUUUUGUGGACCACCAUGCAUUCAAGCUGUCAUUUUCAUGCCAUUACUUAGUUUAA